AGGGUUGGUUGGUUGGUUGGGCUCCCUUUUUUUCCGGUUUCUCUCUCUCUCCUGUGUGUGUGUCUCCGUGUGUCUCUCCCAUUCUUGAGUGGUUCGGCGUUACUACAACAACUCCACGCAGUUGGUUCAGUGCUGUCACGCCGUUCGGUUUGUCUCGUGUUUUGUGCUGCACUAGAAAAUUAUCCGAUCCGUUUUUCAGUUCCGGAACUCCGAGCCUUUCAAAGUCACGCCAAAGUUUUUCGGGAGCAGACAGAAACCCGCGGGAAUUUUUUUGGUUUUGUUUCGCCUACAGAGUGAGACGGGCAGAUUUUUGUUGGUGUUUUUUUUUGGGUGGGUGGUUAGUUUUGAGUUGCAGAAAAAUGAAGACGGCCGUUUGGUACACAUCGACGUUCGUCGUCAUCUUCGUUUACCUUUACUGCUACCUGGUGCAGUUCAUCCGCGGGGCGGAAAUCCGGCCGCAACAUCUCCAGCCUUUGCUUCGAAGUCGACUAGCAGCGCCACUGCAGCAGCAGCCUGUUGCAUUUCCCUAUCCGGUGGCUGGCGGAUGGCCAUUGGCAUCCGGCAGUCAGCAUCCGGCCCAGCAACGCCAUCUCCCUCCGCUACCACCUCCUCCGCCUCCGUCAGAAGUUUUCGCCGAUUACAUGGGACCUGGAUCCAUGGCCGUGUCUUCAUCCAUGUCCGUCUCUUCCGCUGCUUCCGCUCCGGUUCAAGUCCCACCGUCAGUUUCCGCCGCACCCGCUGCCGCCUCCGCUGCUGCUGCCAAGCCGUUGGAUUUCAGUUACCACAAUUACGAGGACAUGACGACCUGGUUAAAACAGUUUAGUGCAUCCAAUCCAGAUCUAACGGCCCUCUACUCCAUCGGCAAAUCCGUUCAAGGUCGCGAUUUGUGGGUGAUGGUGGUCUCGUCGUCUCCGUUCCAGCACAUGAAAGGCAAACCGGAUGUCAAGUACGUGGCCAACAUCCACGGCAACGAGGCCGUCAGCAGGGAAAUGGCUCUGCAUCUCAUCCAGCAUUUAGUCAAGAGCUACAGGGAAGACGCUUACAUCCGCUGGCUGCUGGACCAGACGCGAAUCCACAUCUUGCCAAGUCUCAAUCCAGACGGAUUCGAAGUGGCCCGCGAGGGCACUUGCACCGGUGGUCAAGGAAGGUACAACGCCCGCGGUUUCGAUUUGAAUCGAAAUUUCCCAGACUACUUCAAGCAGAACACGAAACGUCUCCAGCCGGAAACUGAAGCCUACAAGGAAUGGAUCGCCAAAAUUCAGUUUACCCUGUCGGCCGGACUUCACGCUGGCGCUCUAGUCGCUUCCUACCCUUUCGAUAACACACCCAAUUCGGUUUACCAAGCGUUCGCUCCCACUCCGUCACAGACGCCGGAUGACGAUGUCUUCCAUCACCUGGCCACGUUGUACGCCCGCAAUCACGCCACCAUGUAUCAAGGUGUGGCCUGCAAGCCCGGCUCCCCUUCGUUCCCCAACGGGACGACCAACGGAGCGGCCUGGUACCCGUUGACGGGCGGGGCUCAAGACUAUUCCUACGUUUGGACGGGAACGAUGGAGAUCACCGUUGAAAUGGCCUGCUGCAAGUACCCGCCAGCGGCCGAGCUGCCACUCCACUGGAGUGAACACCGACAGGCGCUCGUCCGCUUCGUCGGCGAGGCCCACCGCGGCGUCCGCGGGUUCGUGACCGACGGCAACGGCCGACCGCUGGAGAACGUCGCCAUGAAAAUCAAAGGUCGCGACGCUCCGUUCCAAACGACCAAACACGGAGAAUAUUGGCGGAUCCUCUUGCCGGGCUACUACCGGAUCGAGGCUUACAAAGAAGGUUACGAACCGGUCGAAGACGAUUUCAGCGUUACGGAUCACCACGCCACCCAAGUCAAUCUGACGCUGUUCAAACAGGUGGAUUCUAAAAACGCUUUCGGAGCUCUGGACGAGGUCAGUAACUACUAUUCGCUGUCGCCGGGUGAUGAGCGACCGAACAAACGGCAACCGACCAUCUCUAAUAAACAGGACGUUCCCCAUCCAACGGGACUGACUGGCCUCCUCAUCACGCUGCGAUCGCAAAUGGAUAAUCUGUUCACCAAUCUGUUUGGUUGAGGAAUUCAAUCACGGAAUCAGCCGACCGGAACGAAAAUUCAUUAAAAAUAAUAAAAAAGGAGAAGACUGAUCACGUGAAUAGACGACAUUCUACGUGACGAUCGAUUGCUUUAGCUUUGAAAUGGUUGACGACGACGGAUGCGAAACGGACACCCCACCCCACAGCAACUAUCGGCUUUACUUAUCCUUUUUCCACGCGCCUGUUUGUCUUCUCCUUUUCCUUCCGGAUGGAUGGAUGGAUGGUCGUUCGCUUCGUUAGCGAAAUUUGAGACCAUUGACCUUUUUCCGACACUUCUCUUCUCCUUUAUCCAUUUAUUUUUUACAUAUACUUUGUAUGUUAAUUUAUAAAAUUGUACUGUACAUAUCAAUGCAAUGAAUGUUUUGUCUUUUCUCUUCUAAUUUUAAAAAGAAAACAAUCGCCAGCCGCCUUUA